AUGCAUCGUCGCGAGGUCAACUCAAGUAACCUCGUGCUGGCACUCAUCUUGAUGGAUGCCGCCUGUCUUUCAUGUUCAUUUCAUGGCUUCUCAGCUGCACAUUGCCCAUCCCGAUUCUCACAAGCAUGCCGAUUCUCACAAGCAUGCCGCCAUCUCGGGCCCCUCAAGUGCCUUCAUUUAAGAGGAGGAAACGCGUCCGACCUGGAGGCCGCUCAGGAUGCAGAGGAAGACCAUGAUUGCAAUGCUGCUCGAGCUGAUCGGAACAUAUCUGAGGAUCUUACGGGAGAAGCCAUAAACGUGACAGGCGGAACCAAUGUGUCGCGUUGCAAGAGACGGUGCGAAAGUCUUGAAUCCAAGGAGAAUGGAAGCGACGGGAACCAGAGUGCUAAGGCUCGCAAGACGAUGGAUGGAGUGGAAGAGCGUCUGGAAGCAGCCAAAGCGAAGUCAACCAGACCACAAGAAUACACUCUCGGGCUGAAGAGGAAUUCCGCUUGA